UGAAAAGUUAAAAAUCUAGUUUUUUAGUUUUUAGUCAUUAAUUUUGACUCUUUUUGAGUCUUUAAGUCAAAAAAAUUGGAUUCAGGGGACAAAACACAUAUAAAGAAAUAAUGUUCUCCUAAAGGGGGGAGGGGUCAAUAAUUGUUCAAGAACAUAAUUCCCAUUGGAGAGAUUUGCAAGAUUUUAACGCAAGGCUAAAUUAAAAGUUGGUUAAGGUGAAAUCUAUAAGGCGGCUUUAUUUGGCUUUCGUAAAUAUUUAGGUUUAAACAAGAUUUAAUGUUGGUUGAUGAUGACUUAUUAGGUCUUGUGUAGAAUCAUAAGUUAAUAAAAAAUCUCAAAAACUUAAUUCCCGAUAAAGUUGGCCGAUCUUCCUGGUAAAUCCUUGCUGAUGGUAAAUAAAUAUAGUUAUUACACAGAAUUUUCAAUAGUACUGUUGAGGAAUUGUUAAUGUUCAAGAAUCAUUGAAGUAAUUUUCGUGUUCACAAUUAUAUUUUAAGUUCGAAAAGACGCUUACCAACCAUUUGCUGAAGUUGUAUGGUGUAUAUCUAUUCUAGGAAUAUUUUGAUAUUUGCCGCCUGUAGAACAAUUUGUUGAAAAGGAUUUGAUUAAAAAUAUAUUUCUUUUUCAGAUGCGAUUAAAAAUCGGAACCUACAAUGUACACGGCUGGGUGGAUAAGGAUCAUAUUGAAAACCUAGACAGGGUAAAAGAAGUGAUUUUAAAACAUGAUCCAGAUAUUCUUUGUAUGCAGGAGGUUGAAUCCUACGGUGAAAAGAAUAAUCUGGCUGAGUUCUCUAAUUCUACCAAUUUUGUUCACGUGGUUUCGUGGGGAGGAUGUGCAGUACUUGCUAAACAGAAUUUAGUUCUGGAAGAGGUUGGGCAAAAUGAUGACUUGACACAAAAAGGAGGAAAAUAUCAUUGUUUACUGAGCCCAGCACAUGAAUGUGGAUAUCAUUAUGACCGGCCUAGAUAUACAGCUGUUAAGGUUAAACGUUGUGCUGAGUCUGAUGUCCUGUUCUACUUAUCCUGUAUCCAUCUAUCUCCGAAGUACUCUAACCUAAGGGUGGAGGAGGUUCAGAGAAUAUUUGCAGAUCUUAAUCCUGUCUUCACAUCACAGUCCUCUCAGCUUUGGAUCGGAGAUUUCAACACUUUAAACCCUAAAGAUUAUACCAAAGAUGAAUGGAGUAACAUUGUCAAACAAAGAAUAGAAAAUGGCCGACAACCUCCCUGUCAUAGAGUUAUACAGAUAAGAGAUGUUAGCUCCCCUGGCUGGAUGAUGCUGCCGGAGUAUGGAUUCCCGCGUUCUCAGAUCCACCCGACUCUACUCAGUACUACGGAGAUCUUCAUUAGGUUCACACCUUGAGAGGGAUCCUGUAGCGUACUACCAGACGAUCCUUGAUGCAACUCCAUUCUACCCAAACUGUAACUCCACCCUCCAACCAAGCUCACUCCAUCUUCAUUCCAUCAAUCCCAUCUCUCUCCUCUCCCCCGCCUACUUCGAGGAGCCGUAUUUCUCGAUGUCGGAGAUAUCUGAGGAACCUACAGCCCGAGACUCUGGUGCUCUUGCCGGUACCCUGCAUGCUGGUGAUCCUCCUCUGUUUGAUGUUCCUGUUGUACGACAUACUGAUGGAGGAGAUCCACAACGGUCUGUCUCUGAGCACGGGGGAUGUGAAUCCCCGUGUCCGGACCUGGACGAGGAUGAACCAUCCGUAGAGACGGAUGAGACUAGCCUCAGCUCCGAGGAUGAGUAUGAACGGUUCUCCCGUCCUCUUCAGAGCGUGGAGUCUGCAUGUGACCUGAGGAGGUCCCUGGACCUGGAACUGUUGCUUCUGAGGAACACUAUAGCUCAGAAGGAUAGACUCCGAGCUGAUCUACUCCAGCAUGUAAAGAGUGUCCUAGAUGCUCUAGAUGAUGACCUCUAUCUCCUGUAUCAAGCCCGGUAUUAUCUGGACGAUCUUAUCAAGGGAUUCUCGGAAUCCCAUCCAAGGGAUCAGACAUCUUCUUCAGCCUAGUAAUAUUAAUGUGAUUAGUAAAGUAUUUACUCAUGUGCUUAAUAAUAAUAAGGUUAAUAAAACUCUACUUACGAUUA